AGCCACCCUUCCUCGCCCGCCCGGGAGGAGCCUCUGAGCACCAGCAGGCUGCUGUGCAGGCUACGAGGAAGGCUGCAGCUGACAGGACAGGCGGGCAGACCUCAAGAGGGGCCGUGGGCUGCAGAAGCUCUCUUGACGGGCAAGGUGCACGGUUGAGCUCAUGGAGGCAGCAGAGGUGACCAUGGCCAGGCCUGGGCGGCAUCAGCCUCCAGCAGCAGCAGCAGCAAGGUGCUGGCUGUUCCAUCUGUCCACAAGAACAGCUGCCACCAGUUUCCAGGGGAUGACUAGAGGCCCAAGCACAGGCCACCAAAAGAAGAAGACUACCCUACUUACAGAUGCAGACCAUGUGGGGCUCCCGAGAGCUGUUUAUAGCAUGGUUCCUAGCGUUGGCAGCAGGUGGUACUGAGCAUGUCUACAGGCCCAGCCGUAGAGUGUGUGCUGUGGGGGUUUCCGGAGGCCCUGUCUCAGAAUCCUUUGUGCAGCGUGUAUACCAGCCUUUCCUCACCACUUGUGAUGGACACAGAGCCUGCAGCACUUACCGAACCAUCUACCGGACUGCCUAUCGGCGCAGCCCUGGGCUGACUCCCACCAGGCCUCACUAUGCCUGCUGCCCUGGUUGGAAAAGGACCAGCGGGCUCCCUGGGGCUUGUGGAGCAGCAAUAUGCCAGCCCCCGUGUGGGAAUGGAGGGAGCUGCAUCCGUCCAGGCCACUGCCGCUGCCCUGUAGGAUGGCAGGGAGAGACUUGCCACACAGAUGUGGAUGAAUGCAGUACAGGAGAAGCCAGUUGUCCCCAGCGCUGUGUCAAUACUGUGGGCAGUUACCGGUGCCAGUGUUGGGAGGGCCAAAGCCCAUCUGCAGAUGGGAUGCUCUGCCUGUCCAAGGAGAGGCCCUCCCUCGUGUCCCCAAGCCCUAGAGCAGGAGCGGACAGCAUGGUGAAAGAAGAAGUGCACCGGCUGCAGUCCCGCGUAGACGUGCUGGAGCAGAAACUGCAGUUGGUGCUGGCCCCGCUGCACAGCCUGGCCUCUCGAGCCACAGAACAUGGCCUGCAAGACCCUGGCAGCCUGCUGGCCUACUCCUUCCAGCAGCUGGACCGAAUUGAUUCAUUGAGUGAGCAGGUUUCCUUCUUGGAGGAGCAGCUGGGGUCCUGCUCUUGCAAAAAAGAUCUGUGACAGCAUCUCACCACCCAGGUUGGACGGAGCUGUCCCCCCCCCCCCCA